UAACAACAACAUGUUUGAUAGGUAGGUACACUCUCUGGCGCCUGAUUCUGAAACAAGGGAGCAGUAAAGUUCUCUGUCUUCGCCUCCAUAUGCAAAAUCCCAUACAAGUGACAAAAACAGAAAAUUUGUUCUAAUGAGUACCCACACUGCUCUCUGGUUUCAAGAAUCGCAUAAGCGCCAAUUGUUGUCUAUUGUUCAUUCAUUAGUUGAUCAGUGCAAAAAUGGUACCACCAGAAAGCGUAACUAGUUACCUGAUUAUACUAAUUAUUCUGUCAGAAAAAAAAGAAUAUGUCAAGUUACGAGAACUAUUCCUAAACAUUUUGUUUAGUAUUUUGAUAUUUAUAUAGAGCUCAAAAAAGCUUCAACAAUGGGUUGUAAGAUUCCCAUGCGAUAUUCCAUUAUGGCAAUGGUCUUCUUUUCGACCUACAUCAAUUAUUGUACAAGAACUAACAUGUCCAUGAGUCUGCCGGCUAUGGUGAAAUACAAAAAGAAAUUAAUUCCUGAAUGUACAAAAAAUGAACAAACGGAACCUCCGCCUACCGAUAACAGUACUGAUUCUGAUGAAGGAAGUAAAACGAGCACUCAGGAAGAUACUGGCGAAAGAUAUGAGUGGACUGAAUCGGAACAAGGAGCAAUAUUAGGAGCCUACUUUUAUGGAUUUAUGGCAGGUUCUCUUCCCGCUGGAGCUAUAUCAGAGUGGUUCGGUCCACGCUGGACCAUAAUGGUAGCAACCGGAGUUGCUGGAAUAUUGAACAGUGUGGGUGUAUUUAUAACUCCCUUACAUUGGUCUGCCCUUUUGGUGAUUCGUGUACUCAUCGGAUUCACUGGUGCUCUAGUAUAUCCGGCUUUGCAAACGCUUAUCGGCCGUUGGGCUCCGCCCCAAGAAAAAAAUAAAUUUACCGCCUGUCUUAUGGGUAACACUCUCGGUACUGCUCUUACAUGGAUUAUUGUUGGUGCUGUUACAAGUGCAUGGAAAUGGCCAUGGGGUUUUCAUGUGGUGUCGAUCGAAUGUUUCUUAUUCCUCUUUGUAUUCUUUUUCUUGGCAUGGGACAGUCCAGAACAAUGCAAAUGGAUUACAGAUGAAGAACUUGAAUAUAUUAAGACUUCCCAAGAGGGCAAAGUAUCUAAAUCAAAAGCCGUGGCACCAUAUUGCGCCAUGAUGAAGUCUAUACCAUUUUGGGCAUUAGCAAUUCUUUUAUUUGGAAAUUUAUGGGGUUUGUAUCUACAGAUCAAUGCCGGACCAAAAUUUAUGGCAGAGUACAUUGGAUUCAAUAUCAAGAGUUCUGGAUUUAUGGCAUCUUUACCACACUUGUGCAGGUUAUUUAGCGGCAUUUUUUUCGGUUAUAUGGGAGACUGGCUAAAAAGGAAAAAGUUCAAGAGGGUCUACAUUCUAAAGUCUUUUAUCUUGACAUCGCACAUUUUACCUGGAAUCUUGAUGGGAAUGAUGAUUUUGGCCAAAUGUAACAAAGUCAUCGCAAUUGCUCUUCUGGUCUUCAGCAUGUCUAUUAAUGGAUCUGCAGUAGUGACCCACUUGGCCAAUCCGACAGAUUUAGCACCGAAUUUCGCAGGAUCAAUUUUUGCAGCAAUUUCUUUCAUUGGCGGUACCACUGGAUUUAUUAACCCUGCUGUAACCAGUGCCCUUAUUGACUGCUAUGGGAAUAACACUAAAGCUUGGGGCUACGUAUUUAUGAUUGGUGCUAUAUUUUACUGCGGAUCCGGAGUACUUUUUAUAAUUUUUGGUUCGGCGGACAUCCAGAAAUGGAAUGAGAAGAAGGAACCAAAACCUGAAGAGGGACCAUCCGGGACCUAAUAAAUAAGUACCUAUUUCACUUUAUUCAAACUAAAUUUUCCAAUAAACUAAAAAAAAAAAAUGUGCUUUUAUUUCGUCUUUUACCUCAAGAAAAUAAUUUACAACACUUAAAAAAAACACACAUAAACAUUCAUUUAGGCAUUGAGUUUGGUAGUUUCACUUGGAUCUUCUUUGUUUUCAGCCUCUUGGUCUUUUAAAUCUUUCAAUGAAACUGGUUCCUCGCCAUUUAUUUCAGGCAAUUUUUCAUUCCAAGGCUGUAUAUCUGAAGAACCUAGUAGAAUGAAGAGCAGUCCUGAACCGACAUAAACACUGCCACCUAUGAUGAAGUUCCUAGACCAUUCAUGGAUACCAUUCUAAAAAAAAAGAUUCAAAGUACCUACCUAGAACAAUAAUUAAAGCAUAAUAACUUACGUUUUCCUUUAUUAAAGCUCCUGUUACUGCAGGAGUAAUGAAUCCAGUGGUGCCCCCAAUCAAACUAAUAACACCGAAAAUGCUACCAGCAAAGUUAGGGGCAAGAUCUUGGGCAUUUUGUAGAUUCGUAACCACAGCCGCUCCAUUUAUGGACAUACUGAAGACUAGAAUCAGCACUGCUCCGAUGUAAUCGCAUUUUACCAAUGUCAUGCACAUAAGAAGAAUACCCGGAAUAAUGUGAGCUAUAAACAUAAUUAACAAAGAUAAAAUCAAAAAUGAUUGAGAAGAUUUACUUACAUAAAACUACAAAUGAUUUUCUGGUCAAAGUUGCACUUAGACCAGUUUUUUGUUUAAGGAUAUCUCCUAAGUAUCCAUAGCCGAUUCCAAAGAACAUCCUGAGAAGAUGUGGCAUUGCUGCUAAGCCUCCAGAAGCCUAAAAUAUUAAUUAAUAUAUAGCUAUAUAGGAGCCAAAAUUAUACUCCUUACUUUGAUGUUAAAACCAAUAACUUCAACCAUAAAUUUGGGCACUCCAGUAAUCUGAAGAUACAAGCCCCAUAGAUUACCAAAAUGCAAAAUACAAAGAGCCCAAAACGGUAUUGACAUAAACAUUUUCAAAUAAGGAGGUACAGCCUUUCCUUUAGUAAUAGACUUGGCCUGAGAUUCUUUGAUGUACAUUUUCUCCUCCUCACUGAUCCAUUUGUGCUGAUCGGGACUGUCAGCCACCACGAACCAAAACACCAGGCAAAACACUCCGAUUUGUAUAGUGAGGAAAUGGAAACCCCAGUCCCAGCCAGCUGCAGCUGUGACCAUACCAACAAGGAUCCAUGUAAGACACGUGCCCAAGGUAUUACCCAUAAGACCACUCACGAAUUUGCCUUUUUCUGCUGGAGGUGCCCAACGGGCAAUGAGACAUUGGAGGGCGGGAUAAAUAGGACCCUAAGCGAAAAACGUUCUUAAUUCAUUGUUGGUGUGAAUGUGAUUACUUACAGCCAUAAGUCCUAAGACGAACCUACAAAAAAUCAGUACCCCAAAGUGCCAGUGGGCAGCCCACACUGACAGAGAGUUGAACAGGGCAGUUACGAUUUGCGCAUAAAAAAUUGUGUUGAACGGUCCCAACCAUUCGGCAAUGAAUCCACCGGGGGCGCUCGAUAUGACGUAGCCCCAAAAAUAGGAGCCCAGGAUUAUGCCUUGUAUGUGUUCAUCCCAGUCGUAACGAGGUCCGUACUAAAAUAAACAAAAAAAAAGACGCUGUUGAAAUACAAGUAAAUUGAUUAGAGGCUCUAAAAAAAUAUGUUGUCUUCCUUUACUUACAUUCUAUAAUUUCAAUGCAGCAUAAAGGAGAAAAAAAAAACACUUUAAAAACUGAGGUUUGAAAUACUACCACAAAUGUACUUACAUCCUAUUUUGGAAUGUUGCAAAAAAGAUAAUUAUUGUUAUUAGUAAGGAUCAUAAUGAAAUAUGUAUUGUGUACAAUACUGGGUGUAGGUACUUACAUCUGGUAAAGCUUUUACUGAGGUGUUCCCAUUCACAACUAUAGCAUGGGUAUCAUUUCUUUUACAUUCUGGAACACUCGACUGGCCUUUUGCCCUGCUAACCAUCGACGUUAUACUAAUUGACAUGUUACUUCUGGUUGUGUAAUUGAUAUAGGUCGAGGCGAACACCAUGACGGCGAUCCAGAACCUCAUUGGAAUUUUGAAAC